GCGCACGCGCGGAGACGCCGGAACCGCUAGGGGCCCCGAUCACUGCCCAGAGCGAACGAAAUUGGUUACGCGCUCGAACUCCUUCUGGAGGGGAAAGAAAAAGAGCAAGAAGGGAGGGGGAAGUGCGCCGAAGUUCUGAGGCGGUGCUUGCGAGCAGCCACUUCAGGUUGAGUCGCCCCCGUCCCGUGCAUCUUCUCACUGUGGCAUUGGGGCAAGGAUGCCAGGCAGGGGAACGCGCCGGGAGGAUAGAACCGAGCCCACCACUUCCGCUAAACUGCCCCUAAACAAGGAGGAACUCAACUCGAAGAUUAAAGAACAAAAAGUUGUCGUGGAUGAGCUUUCCAACUUGAAGAAAAACAGAAAAGUUUAUAAACAGCAACCAAACAGCAACAUAUUCUUCCUUGCAGACAGAACAGAGAUGCUCUCUGAAAGUAAAAACACAUUAGAUGAGUUGAAAAAAAUCCACCAGGAAAUAGAAAAUACAGAAAAAAAUAAAAUCAAGAAAUAAGUUUGCAGAAUUGCACAUAAUGUGUGGCAUUUGUUGUUCAGUCACUUUCUCCAUUGGACAUGGGGGGUAUGAUUUUUUGCACAGGAACCUACUCCAUAAUCUUAAACGACGGGGACCCGACAGUAGUCAACAGGUGUUAAAGAAUGAUAAUGAUUAUCACUGUUUGUUUUCUGGUCAUGUCCUUCACUUAAGAGGCCUUUUGACUCCCCAGCCUAUUGAAGAUGAAAAAGGCAAUGUAUUCCUUUGGAACGGAGAAAUCUUUAGUGGAAUAUAUGUAGGAACUGAAGAGAAUGAUACUCAAAUUAUGUUUAAUCAUCUUUCUUCAUAUAAUAAUGAAUCUGAAAUCAUGUCACUUUUUUCAAGCAUCCGUGGUCCAUGGGCUUUUAUUUAUUACCAGGCCUCUAGUCAUUGUGUGUGGUUUGGUAGGGAUUAUUUUGGUCGUCGCAGCUUACUUUGGCAUUUUAGUAAUACUGGGAAGGGUUUCUGCCUUGCCUCAGUGGGUACUGAAGCUGCUGGAAUAGUAAACCAGUGGCAGGAAGUUCCAGCAUGUGGAAUUUUCAGAAUUGAUCUUAAAUCCUCUGCCAUUUCCAAACACAUAAUUUUAAAAUUGUAUCCUUGGAAAUAUAUUUCUGAAGAGAAUACAGUAGAGGAAGUUGACAAGAGUCUUAAUCAGAUUUUAGAUGAUUUGCCAAAAUUUGUAUCCGUUGAGAUAAAUGAAGGCAGACUUUGUCUUAAGACACCUGUUGCUCCAUUAAAUACAGAGUUGCCACAAGGUUCAUUUGAAUCUGAUCAUAGUUCCCAUAUCCCAGCUACUAUAGAAAAUCUUCAAGUUUUUCUGAAACAUGAGCACAUGAAGAAAGCAGUUCAUCGGUUAAUUGAUGUCUUAAGUGAAGCAGUAAAGAAACGAGUUUUAUGUUUAUCUAGGACUGAAAGUCUAUUCCUAAAUGAUGACCUUUCUAAAGCCUCUGCUAAGGAGGCAAAUAUUGCAAUACUUUUUUCUGGUGGCAUUGAUUCCAUGGUUAUUGCAAGCCUUGCUGAUCGACAUGUUCCUUUUGAUGAACCAAUUGAUCUUCUUAAUGUUGCUUUCAUGACUAAAGAACGGACUGGGCAUACUACUUUCACCAAAAAAAGUGGUAAACUGAAAAAAAGUCUUGAAACAUCUUCUGAGGAAAGCAGUAAAGGACUUGCUACCACAGCUGAUAAUAUUCAGGACCAGAAUUUUAAUGUGCCAGACCGACUCACUGGCAGAGCAGGACUAAAGGAAUUGAAAGCUAUAAAUCCUUUAAGAAUUUGGAAUUUUGUUGAAAUUAAUGUUUCCCUGGAAGAACUACAGAGAAUGAGACAACACCGGAUAAGCCAAUUAGUUCAACCGUUGAAUACAGUUUUGGAUGACAGCAUUGGUGGUGCAGUCUGGUUUGCAUCUAGAGGAGCUGGCUGUGCUAUGAAAGAAGAUGAAAUGAAACCAUACCAAAGUUCUGCAAAGGUAGUUCUUACUGGGAUUGGUGCUGAUGAACAGCUUGCAGGAUAUUCUCGUCAUCGUGUUCGCUUCAAGACACAUGGUCUAGAGGGAUUAAAUAAAGAACUGGAAAUGGAACUGGGUCGAAUUUCUUCUAGAAAUCUUGGCCGUGAUGACAGGGUUAUUGGCGAUCAUGGAAAAGAAGCAAGGUUUCCUUUCCUUGAUGAAAAUGUCGUCUCCUUUCUAAAUUCUCUCUCUAUUUUGGAAAAAGCAGACUUGACUUUGCCCCGUGGAGUUGGUGAGAAAUUGAUUCUGCGCCUUGCAGCACUAGAACUUGGUCUUACAGCUUCCACUGUUCUGCCAAAAAGAGCCAUGCAGUUUGGAUCUAAAAUUGCAAAAAUGGAAAAUAAUAAUGAAAAGGCCUCUGAUAAAUGUAAUCGACUCCAAGUGUUAUCCUCAGAGUAACACCUUGUUGAAUAGGCUUUUCAGUGUUAACGAGUGUACAUGUUGCAACAUUUAUUGGAUUAUUACAUAAAAUAAAAUAUUUUUCUAUUGUGUAUUGUACUU